GAAAGGAAAACCAAAAAAUCGUUCUUAAACGACUAAAAUUUAAAAAUAUUGAAAUAAAAUAAAUAUCUACGUAAUUGUUAAAUCUAUUAUAAAUGUUUAAGUUUGAUAUGGGAGAUUCAAGUCAAAGCACUCAGCAAGAAAAUAAGCCAAAUUAUAAUUGGAAGGACAUCAAAGAUGAAUUUUUUGAUUGCGUUGAAAAACUCGAGGUUGGUGAACUUGAAAUGCAAGACAUUUUCACUUUAUCAGAGUCAACAUCAGCAGUCGUAAUGUUGGAUAAAGCUUCUGACAUCGGACAUUUCGAGAAAAAAGAGGAUUUUCCUCUAUCAUUUAAAGUUGCUGUUGAGACUGGUCAAUUGAAGUUGAAAGACUUCACAUAUUCGGAACUCAUUGGAAUCUUUGAUUCCCUCUUUGCAUGUCUAGCUUCAUGGAUUCAAGGAACUUCCAUUGUCCAGUCAAUUCUUACUUGUCUUUAUUUACACAACACUGCAGCAAUUGAAGAUAAAUAUUUGAUGAGCUUUUGCAAUGGAAUCUUAAAGAUUUCACGUACCAUCAGCAAUUUUAUUCUAAGAGCUGGAGUGUAUGAGGAAGAAGAUUUCCAAUCAAAUCUUUUCAACUUUGAUUUAUGCGAUGAGAUUAUCGCCCGUAAAGUGUUAGCUGCAUUAAGAGAUUCGGAAAACAGCAUUCAAAAUUGUCUUCGAAAACUUAAUUCGUCAGAUGAUGAGUUCAAAGAUCUUACUGCAAUUAUCAGUCGAAUUAAGUAUCUUAGGUUGAUGCUUCAAUGUCUUCUCGAAUUAUUUCCAACAAGACUCGUCUCACCUGAUGAGAGUAAAAUGUCUGAUAUCACAAAAUUGUUAGCAGGAGCUAUUGAAGUAUUCCCCGAAAUUAAAAAAACAAUCGACCGAGGAACACAACCCGAUCCAGAAAGUCACUCUCCUAAUCCAAUUGGCUUUUCUCCUAAUGUGAACCUUCGAUUAAUUCCACCAACAUUUCCUCGAUACCCAAGAAUCAUUAGUCGAGUUGAUGCCUUAAAUUUUCUUGAAGAACUGCCGAAGAACAUCAGAUUAGCUUGCAAAGUCAUUCAGUUUACAAAUUUCCAAAGUGUUCUCAGCUUCUUUCUAGAAUUCAGUAGAAUUGCGGAGCCUUGCUUGCUCUCGCGAAGCGUCUUGCAGAUUAUUUACUUUCCAGCCAAAGGAAAAGUCUUUGGGACAUUAAAUCUUAAUGAAAUUCUAAAAGACUCCGCGAGGGAUUUCAUCGGUCCACCAGGUCUCUUGCCCAGACAUCAAUUAUUUCAUGAUGUUCAAGCUAAAGAGUGUAUUGAUUUGUUCUUCUUCAACAAUGGACAUAUUUUUGCUCGACUUAUUGAAGUUUUCGGUUAUUAUCGCUCACGACAACGUUACAAGAUUGAGGAACUCUUGACAGACUUCUCGAACAUGCAAUACGAAGCAGAACAAGUUGAUGCUUAUUGUCGUAAGCAGUUUUCAAGUUGUACAUCAGCUGAUAAUUGUUUUGAGAGUUGGUCGAUUUAUUAUAGUCUUCGAGCGAUGUUGCAUUUCUUGUUGCUUGGUUUUGAACUGGAAUUGUACAGCAUUUGUGAAUACUUUUACAUUUACUGGUACAUGGAAAAUGUGACAUUGAGUUGGAUUAUUUCAACUCUGGCUCAAGCUGAAGCAUGUUUAGUUGAACAGAAAUGUUCGACUGAAGAAUUUAAAAAUCUUUCUCGUGGUCAAAAGCGUACAAGAUUGAUUAAGAAAAUGAAACCAUUUGAUCGUGAAAUGAAGAUUAUGCAGACAUUGCAAUCACUUUGUGCUGGAUUUUGUAAAGCUGUUGGUGGAUUCAUGAAAGCUGGCAGAAUUCCCAAACCUUUGCCUGAAUUUGACAGUGAGAAGUUUCGCUAUGAACAUCGUUUUGCUGCUUUCGUUGAUUUUACUGCGCCACAAAUGAUAAGUUACCAGGAGUUCAAAGAGAAUCAAGAACAGAUUUUUACAGCUGGUCAAGAAGUUUUGUUUUUGGGAUCGUCUCACAGCUUCAGCCAAGCGAAAAACAUUCUGGAAAACUUGCCAAAUUUAGAUCAAGAAUUGACGAGUAUGUUGAAGGUUGCAAAGAACAACAUGGUCGUCAUGAAGUUAUUGGCGAAUGGACACAAAAAGGAAUCAAAAUUAACACCCAACUUUGAUUUCUCGAUUCAUCCUUGCUUCCCAGCAAUAAAACAACUCUAAGGUUGAUUUGUUUUUUGCAUGCAAUUUAAUAUUUUGUCUGAUUUUUUUUUGAAUUAUUUCUCAAUAAUCUGCAUUCAACUUCCACAAUCCAUCAUCAUUUUCAUACACUUUCCAAAAAUCUGCAAAAAGUUUUCUACCCAAAAAUUGUUUUAUUAAUAAAAAAGUUAAACAAUUGCAUCGUGUUAAUGUGAUUUCA